ACUUGAGCAGGAAGAACCGUUUCCGCUAUGUAGGCGCAGGCUUCGGGGUGGGGGGUGGGGGCGGUCCUGCGCCGUCACUUUGUUCGGAAAGGGUGUGGCCAAGAGCGAAAGGGAGUUCUCCAGGUUUUGUGUUUGUUAUGUCAAAAAUACUUGCUGAAGGCAGUGCAUCUCAAGAAGUUACACUUUUGACCAUUGCUGAUGAAGAUGCUAACAAAAGGAAUUGGGGUGUUUUGCUCCCUGGUAUAAUUGGUGGGACAUUGGUGGCCUUAUACUCUAUAGCCAUUCCAUUUAUUGCUCCAGCACUGAGAAAACAUUGCCUGCCAUUUGUGCCUGCAACUUCAAAGCAGAUUGAAAAUGUCCUAAUCAUGUUGAAAGGCAGAAAAGGAAUGCUAGUUGACAUAGGAAGUGGUGAUGGACGUAUUGUAAUUGCAGCUGCAAAAGUUGGAUUUAAAGCUGUGGGUUAUGAAUUAAAUCCUUGGUUAGUAUGGUAUUCGAGGUACCGUGCCUGGAGAGAGGGAGUUCAUCAAGAUGUCAAUUUUUACAUUUCAGACUUGUGGAAGGUCAGUUUUUCACAGUAUACAAACAUUGUUAUUUUUGGAGUUCCUCAGAUGAUGCUGCAGCUGGAGAAGAAGCUUGGAGAUGAACUCCUGCAGGAUGCCACAGUCAUAGCUUGUCGCUUUCCUUUUCCCCAUUGGAGACCAAAUCAUAGCUUUGGCGAAGGCAUUGACACCGUUUGGGCAUAUGAUUCGAGAUCAUUUAGAAUGGAAAAGGAAGGUGAUAAAGCUUUUGUCAAGGGCAUCCCUCCCAGUUAACUAAAAGUCCAGAGAUAAUGCUAUGUUAGCUUUUAAUGGCGAGUGUGGAUGUUUUACACAACAUAUUAUUUCUUGCAGCUCUUGGGUUCAUGGGCAAGCAUUUCAGAAGUUCCUGGAAAUAUUUUAUGUGUGAAACAUAAUGUAAGCAUUAAGCAAUGUUGCUUUUAUGGAAAAACAAAUGUAUGGACAUUGCCUCCAGAUCUGUGGCCCCAAUCUUGGUAUUUUGUGGGAUAAUACUUAA